CGCUCGAGCUCGAGCUCCGCGCACUCCCUGUGCGGCCGCUGAGCCGAGCGGACGCCCUCGGGGCCGCGCCGCAGCCCUCUGCGCUCCCCCCCUAUCAUGCCCGGGGCCCGGGCCCGGGCCGCCCAAGCAGCCAGGACACCAUGCCCGAGGGCGGCGGAGGAGACAGCGGGGAGGUGCCCGAGUUCAUCCCGGACGGCGAGCCGCUGCGGGAGGAGCAGCGGCCCUUGAAACAGUCCCUGGGAAGCUCCCUGUGCCGCGAGUCGCACUGGAAGUGCCUGCUGCUCACCCUGCUCAUCCAUGCCUGUGGCGCCGUGGUGGCCUGGUGUCGCCUGGCCACGGUGCCGCGGCUGGUCCUGGGGCCCGAGGCGGCUCUGGCCCGCGGGGCCGGGGGCCCGCCGCCCACCUACCCGGCCAGCCCUUGCUCUGACGGCUACCUAUACAUCCCGCUGGCCUUCGUGUCCCUCCUCUACCUCCUCUACCUGGCCGAGUGCUGGCACUGCCACGUGCGGUCGUGCCAGGCGCCGCGCACCGACGCCAACACCGUGCUCGCCCUGAUCCGCCGGCUGCAGCAGGCGCCGCCCUGCGUCUGGUGGAAGGCCACCAGCUACCACUACGUGCGGCGCACCCGCCAGAUCACCCGCUACCGGAACGGCGACGCCUACACCACCACGCAGGUCUACCACGAGCGGGCGGACAGCCGCACGGCCCGCGGCGAGUUUGACUACUCGGCCCACGGCGUCCGCGACGUCUCCAAGGAGCUCGUGGGCCUGGCCGACCACGCGGCCACGCGGCUGCGCUUCACCAAGUGCUUCAGCUUCGGCAGCGCCGAGGCCGAGGCCUCGUACCUCACCCAGAGGGCCCGCUUCUUCAGCGCCAACGAGGGCCUGGACGACUACCUGGAGGCCCGCGAGGGCAUGCACCUGAAGGACGUGGACUUCCGCGAGUCGCUCAUGGUCUUCGCGGACCCCCGCAGCCCGCCCUGGUACGCCCGCGCCUGGGUCUUCUGGCUGGUGUCCGCGGCCACGCUGUCCUGGCCGCUGCGCGUCGUGGCGGCCUACGGCACGGCCCACGUGCACUACCAGGUGGAGAAGCUCUUUGGCGCCGGCUCGCCCCCGCCCGGGGCCGUGCCCAGCGGGCCGCCGCUCUCCCGCGUGGCCACGGUGGACUUCACCGAGCUCGAGUGGCACAUCUGCUCCAACCGGCAGCUGGUGCCCAGCUACUCGGAGGCCGUGGUCAUGGGCGCCGGCGCCUACCUCCGCGGCUGCCAGCGCUGCCGUCGCUCCCUCAGCAGCAACUCGCUGCCCCCCGCCCGGCCCAGCGGGCCCCGCCUGCCUUUCAGCCGCAGCCGGCUCUCCCUGGGAGCCGGGGGCCGGGCCACCCCGGGGGUCUUCCGGAGCCUGAGCGGGGGGCCGCUGGGGCGCCGGGCAGAGGACACGGAGCCCCUGGAAAGCCCACCGUGUUACGAGGACGCCCUUUACUUCCCGGUGCUCAUCGUCCACGGCGACGGCGGCUGCCAGGGGGACGGGCAGGGGGCGCCCUGAGACCCGCACGGCGCCCAGAGCGGCCUCCUCCCCGCCGUCCCACCGUGGGCUCCGACGCCAGAGCGGUCGGUCGUCGUCCAAGACGGGAGGGAAAACAGACCAGCGCACGGGGGGGGGGGGUGGGGCCAGGCCCUUAAACAGACUGAAGGACCGGAGGGCGUAAGCGGACGGACGCGGCCGAAGUUGAGUCUCUGAACCGUCCCGGCAUGGCUCCCGCCCCCCCCCCCCCC